AUGACCGUAAGUCAACAUGUUUCUACGACUUCUGGUUCUCAGUUUGACUUAACUAGUCAUAACUCCAGACCCUUUUCUUCUGUUCCUUCUGCAUCUGCCCCCUUUGCUCCUGCUCCUGAACUCCUUGUUUCUACAUCGUUACCUUUCUACCCACCCAACCCAAAUGCUCUGAUAAGUAAUAUUUCCACCGUUUCCGAUGCUUCCUUAGUACCACCCCGCUUGGUGAUUGAUAAUAAAACCACCAACGAUUAUGGUCACGAGCAGUUAUUACAUUUGGCAUCAGACUCACAUUUUGGAGAAAUGGUCAGAUCACAGUCUCCUAAGGAACCACCCAUCAUAUGGGAUGCUGAAAGCCUGAUUAAGGGUUCUGGAGGCCGACUGGACCGUCUUGAGUUGCUCUACACUCUACGUGGUCAGCACCUUGCGGCGGCUAAACUGCAGAUUGAAGAAAUGAGGAAUGCUUCCGAAAAGGCAGAACGAAUCAGCAAACACAAAAUAAUCCUAAUGGAGGGUAAGGCCACGAUAAAAUGGCUCAGCGAACUCUCAUCUCUGGGGAACACGGCAAGCCUCUUAUUUUAUACCUAG